GCCGGGCCCGGACCCCACCUCCCGCCGCGCAGUGCCCUUCCCCUAGCGAGUCGUCGUCGCCGAACUUUGGGAACAACAGCUGCAGCAGCCAUGGCCCUGCCCUGGGUGCCCGCCGUGGGCUUCACGCUGGUGCCCAGCCUGGGGGGCUUCCUGGGCUCCCGCUAUAUCCGCGGAGAGAGUCUCCGCUGGUACGCCAGCCUGCAGAAGCCCUCGUGGCACCCGCCCCGCUGGAUGCUGGCUCCCAUCUGGGGCACGCUGUACUCGGCCAUGGGGUAUGGGUCCUACAUGAUCUGGAAAGAGCUGGGGGGCUUCUCGAAGGAGGCUGUGGUUCCCCUGGGCCUCUACGCUGGGCAGCUGGCUCUGAACUGGGCAUGGCCUCCCCUCUUCUUCGGUGCCCGACAAAUGGGUUGGGCCCUGGUGGACCUCCUGCUGACGGGAGGAGUGGCGGCAGCCACGGCCGUGGCCUGGCACCAGGUGAGCCCACCGGCCGCCUGCCUGCUCUACCCGUACCUGGCCUGGCUGGCCUUUGCGGCCACGCUCAACUACUGCGUCUGGCGGGACAACCAGGACCACAGCCGUGGCUCUCGGCUCUCGGAGUGAAGGCGCCCCGCCCUCCGAGGACUGCAGCCGCCGCGGGUUGGGCGUUGCUGGUGGUGGCGGCCCCCCGGGCUCUCCUGGCCGCUAGGCUGCCUGUGUGUCUCAGCCCAGGGGUCACCAGCAGUUUCAGAGGUGCUGCAGGCCGAGCCCCCACCCCAGGAACAGUGUCCUGCGCUUUCUGCACUGCUCGAAGCUCGCUCUCAGAAUGUGGAAUUUUAUGAGCCAAAUAAAGUUUUUAAACCUCCUG